AUGGCAUGAGGAGUUGUCUCUCAUUACUAACCCAGGCUUGCACAUCCAUAAUGUGGCCAUGUGUGAGAGCAAACAACAGACAGAUAUUUUGAGUUUUUCAAAAUUCAUCUAUUUCCCAUCAGUAAGGUGAGAGAAGGUUUAGUAUUGUGUUAUUGACUGUGCAUUUCAUGCGCAUGUUAAUCAUUAAUGUUUACAACUGCAAGACGAUAAUCACUAGGAGGAUAAAGAGCCAAAGGUCUCAUUUGACUUCAGGAAAGGAGAAGCUCCUCUGUGAAUGUCGGUUGACAGACAUGGGGGGAAUCACAGGAAGUGUGUUGUCAUUGUGUCUGUUGUGCCUCAUCAGUUUAAGUAAUGCAAACACCAGCCCUACGAUCCACACUUUUGUUUAUCAAGUGUGUGAGGAUAUCCCCAAAGCAAACACUCCUUAUGUGUGUUCCAUUGACUUUAUUUUCACAGGUAGCCUCGCGUUUACUAUAGAUGCAACAGAUGCAGAUAAUGACAGGCUGACCUAUACACUCACUGGGCCCAAUGCCGGAUUCUUUGCAGUAGACACUUAUACUGGGAGGGUAUCAGUCGUAAGGAAUCUGGAUAGAGAGGCUGGUGAUGUAAUGAACCUCGGAGUUACUGUGUCUGAUGGUCCCAAUCCUACAUCAGCAGAGUUAACUAUCAUAUUACAAGAUGCCAACGACAACAAACCUACAUUUCAGGAGGCUUCAUAUGAUAUCUCGAUCCCAGAAAACACCCCUGUAGGUACAUCUCUGUUUAAGGUGCUGGCUACAGAUGCAGACACUUCAAGUGCCGGUGUUGUUUUUUACAGCAUAGAUGGCGUUACUCCAGAUUCUGGAUUCGGCCUGUUCAGCAUUGUAGAAGCAACUGGUGAAGUCAGACUAAAUGGCCCUCUGAACUAUACUUCACAGAGCACUUUCUAUCAGCUGAAGAUUAACGCAACUGAUGGUGGAGGCCGUUGUUAUUUUGAUGAAACAGCGUACUUGUCAAACAUCGUUUUUUCUUUCAUUACGGUUGUGGACAUCCCAGACAUGGACCCACAGUUCAUUAAUCUUCCCUACGUAGGGAGUGUUGCAGAGCAUUCUCCUGAGGGCCAGUCUGUGUUACGAGUAUUUGCCAUAGAUGGGGACACAGGAGUCAACGAUGAUAUCAUCUAUAGCAUUCAAGCUUCCACAGUGGAUGGCCUGUUUACAAUCUCAAGUGAUGACGGAGUCAUAUCUGUACUUUCAGCAAUUGACAGAGAAUUAAUUGGUGACGCUGUCACCCUGACUGUAAAGGCUAUGGAGUCAAAACAGAACAUUCAUGGGGUCCAAGCCAGCAUCACAACAGAUGUACUGAUCAACAUCAUCGACAUCAAUGACAACAGGCCACUGUUUUACAAGUGUGAAGACCCUGGAGACGAGCUGUCCUGCGUGGAAGCGAGUGACUUUACAGGAGAGGUCUUUGAACACUCAUUAGGCGCUAUUCCAAUUGGCAUGACAGUUAAAGAUCUGGAUAAGACGUCCAGAACCCAGCUAAUCCUAGAGGGAGCUGACAAGGAUGUGUUUUCUGUGGAACCUCAGCUUGCUGUAUCAGACAGUGUUGUUCAGCUUCUGGUCAAGCAGCCCGAAAAACUGGAUUUUGAGGAAAGACAGGAAAUUGUUGUAGAAGUGAUUGCUAUAGAUAAUGAAGAAUCCACAUUCAAGUCCACUGCUACAGUUUCUAUUACUAUCAAGGACUCCAACGACAACAGCCCCACAUUCCCACAAGACACCUAUCAGCUGAGAGUGGCUGAGCACUCUCCUAAUGGCACAAUAAUAGAAACAAUUACUGCAGAGGACCCUGACACAAUGGAUCAAGGCAAGAUCACGUACAGACUUCUUCCAGACAGCAUAUUACUGUAUUUCGACGUGAAGCCACAUUCAGGUGAAAUUUACGUGAAAAACCAAAUCCUGUUGGAUCGUGAGGUCAGAUCUCUGUAUUCAGCGACUCUGCAGGCCAGAGACACAGAUGGCAAGCCAGGCACCACAGUCCUGGAGAUCACUGUGACUGACAUCAACGACCAGCCCCCAGUCUUCAACAGAGACUCUUACCUGGUGUUUGUUGAAGAGGGUGGACAGUUUGAGCUUAAGAUUGAGGCUACAGAUGCAGAUGACUCUGGUACAGAAAACAGCCAAAUAGUGUAUGGAAUUGCACCAAGUGAGUACAGUGAUAACUUCACCAUUGACCCGAACACCGGCGUGUUGAGAAACAGUGGGAUCCUUGAUCUGGAGGCCCUGGACCCAAAGCUGAACGGGAAGAUCGAACUCAAUGUAACCGCUACUGACAAGGGUACUCCCCCACUGUCUAGCACAGUCAAAGUUAUCAUCAAUAUAGAGGAUGUCAAUGACAACUCACCACAAUUUGAAGAAUCCUCUUACACAUUCUCAGUUAAAGAAGGGGAAAAAGGUGCAUAUGUUGGUUCUGUUUACGCUAAGGAUUUGGACCAAACGACAGACUUUAACCGCAUCUCUUUCAGCAUCAUUGAAGGAAGUUUUGGUAGCUUUAUCAUUCGCACCUUUGCAGAGGGGGAGGGGCAGGGCUACAGGGGAAAUAUCAUGGUGGACCCAGACAUUGAGUUGGACUACGAGAGCACCCACAAGCAAUAUAAACUUCAGGUAGAGGCAACAGAUCUGGAACAGAAGAAGGCUGUAGUGAUGGUGGAGGUCAAUGUGUUGGAUGUUAACGAUGAGAGGCCCGAGUUCAAGCCAUUAGCGCCUGUGACAGUGAAGGAGAACACCACCGGUGGUGAAGUCGUUGGGAGGUUUGUAGGGUUCGACAAAGACGGAAACCACUCCCUGGUCUACGAGCUGGAAUCCAUGAAUUGCAGAUGCAGUGGCUCCAUGAAACCCUGCAAUAGCUUUAUUCUGGAACCAACAGGAGAAGUCAAAGUCAACCCAGAGCAUUUGCUGGAUUAUGAAGAGUGUGACCAAGUGGUGAUAGAGGCUCAGGUGGUGGAUGAGUACACAGAGAAAGGAGAGAACAACAGUGUCACAACAGGAGAAAUGGUGAUCAACAUUGAAGACAUCAACGACAACGCUCCAGAAUUCCUUUACUCAGAUUCUGUUUUUGUUGUGGUGUCAGAAAGUGCAAGUGAGGGGACAUCGGUUGCAGCAGUCUCUGCGAUGGACCGCGACUCUGAAAAACAUCGAGGCAUUGAGUUUACAGUAACGGCAGUCCAAUUUGAGAACAUUGACGGCACUGUAAAUCAACAGAGGACUCUGUUCAAAGCCAAGACCACACAGCAAAAGGAGAUUUAUUUUGGAGAGAUCCAAUCUACUGAGGGGCUUGAUGUGACACUGAAAGGGAAGUAUUUGGUAACAGUAACUGCAACUGACAACGGCGGUCUCUCAAACAAGACCUCACUGCAGGUGAGGACACAAGCAGACAUGUCACUGCAUUUUCAUUCAUGUCCCACAGUGAAGGAUCCUGUCUGUGCCGCAGACACAGAGAUGGACACUUCAGCUUGUGUUAAUGCUUCUGUUCUUUCUGUUUUACAGAUUUUCACAAUUGAUGAAACAUACAAAGUUGAACUUGAAUUUUCAAGAUCUGUAGCAGAAGUUGAUGAAGAAAUUGAUAAUAUCAUCAGGGCGCUUACUAGUGCCACCAAGGCUUCUGUUAAAAUUGUCUCAAUCAAGUCGGCCACUUCAGAAACAGCCAGGGCUUCAGGUAACACAAUCAUAAUGGCAUAUUUUGUCUACUUCAACGGGACCGCUCUCACCCGUACAGAAGUGGAAGAGAAGCUUUCUGAUCCUGAACAUUAUCUUUCACUGCAAGAUGUUGGCCUCACGAACAUUGGGAAGGCUACUGUGGUCCAACAAGAUACAGACGCUGUGAAGUACAUCCUGCUGGGAAUAGUGGGAGGCCUUGUCAUCGUACUGGCUGUUCUCACAACUUCCCUGAUGUGCACUCGCAGAAAUUAUAAGAGGAAGCUGAAGGCAUCUAAAGCCAUGAACUCUGCAUCCAUGGUGACUUCGGACAACCAGAAAAGUGGUCCCGUGGUGCCUGGAACCAAUAAAUACACCAUGGAGGGGGCUAAUCCUGUGCUCAACCUCAACAUCGACACAGCCAUGGUCCUGGACUUGGACAUGGAGAGCUCAGAUGUGGACAAAGUCAGUCUGAACUCCCUGGACUAUGGCGAUGACAUGAGCAUUCCUGACAAACAAACAAAAUCUGCCAAGUGGAUGAUCCAGGAGGAGGAGGACAAGAACGAUCCACCAGAGUACAUUGAACCUCUCAGUGCAGCGCUGGCUGAGCAGGGCAAGAAGAAAGGCACAGACAAUCCUCUCAUGGGUUAUAACAACCAUGCAUUCAGCACUACAGAUCUAUGAAGGGAAUGAUGACUCUUGAAUUCUGCAUGUAAAACUGAACUCACAUCAGCUUUAUCUAGACAACAAAUUGACCAGAAGCAAUGGGAAAGCAAAUCAAAACAAUUGUUUGUUGCACAUGUGAAUCACUUUAUUUUUGUUAAUAUUUUAAGAAACAGUUUAAAAACUGUUUGGUUUGCUUUGAAAUAAACGGUAUUAUAAGUCACGUCAACACAUGAUGCUAAGUCUCAUUGCUACCGUAAAGAAAAUCCAAAAAGAAGAAACAAAAAUACUGCAUAAUGUAAAUGUAUGAAUUAAAUCAUUAUUUAUGACUGCACAUCAGUCAAAAUGGUUAGCCUUAUGCGUGUUUUAUUUGUUAUUUGUUAUUUGCUUUGGGUUUGAGAUACUUGUUGCUGAAAUAAAAACCAACAAGCUUCAGAUUGAAAAGAUAUAUAUUUUUUUUUUACUGACAUCUAAAUGAAUGUAUAACCAGUGCAAUCAGUCAUUAAAAUCAAUCUCUCCAAAUGUUGAUUUAAUUCCACUUUCAUGAACUUAAUGUGUGAGCACCAACAUCACAGACACUGCACAACGGCUAAAUCAAAACACACUUAAAAUAAGUUUCAUCAUAUAAUUUACAACUGAAUCACUAACAAUGGCAUAAAAGUACAGUAAGUAGUAAUGAAUAAAAGUACUCCAAAUCAGAAGUUAUUAUUUUUCCUCAAAUGAUCAUGAUGAUGAUGCUUGUCAUCAGUUCUUUGUUUUAUAUUUUACACAAUACAAACAUGUCAAAACAUUGUGCCAUAUCCAAAAAGCAGAAUAUCAGAUGUUCAAAAACCUGCACUCAUU